AUGGGCAGCGGCACUAGGGAGUGGGGCCGGGCUGAAAGGCGGCGAGCGUUCUUUCCCUUCCUGCUAUCUUUGUUCGGCCUGGUGCUCUCAGAGCAGAUCCGCUACAGGAUUCCCGAGGAAAUGCCCAAGGGUUCGGUGGUGGGCAACCUGGCCAAGGACCUAGGGCUCAGUGUGCAUGAGUUACCGACUCGAAAACUGCGAGUCAGUUCGGAGAAGCCUCACUUCGCAGUGAGCGCAGAGAGUGGAGAGUUACUUGUGAGCAGCAGGCUAGACAGGGAGCAGAUAUGUGGGAAGAAGCCAGCCUGUGCUCUGGAAUUUGAGGCUGUUGCUGAAAAUCCGUUGAACUUUUACCACGUGAAUGUGGAUAUUGAAGAUAUCAAUGACCACACGCCGAAAUUCACACAAAAUGCUUUUGAACUUCAAAUUAGCGAGUCUGCACAGCCUGGUACGCGAUUUAUAUUAGACGUAGCGGAAGAUGCGGAUAUUGGUUUGAACUCUCUACAGAAUUAUAAACUCUCUCCAAGCUCUAGUUUUUCAUUGAUAAACAAAGUGAAACAAGAUGGCAGUAAAUACCCCGAAUUGGUGUUGGAGAAACCUUUAGACCGGGAAAAGCAGAGUUAUCAUCCUUUAGUUUUGACAGCCUUGGACGGCGGAAUUCCAACCUUAAGUGGUACCACUGAGCUCCGGAUCCAGGUUACUGAUGCCAAUGAUAACCCCCCUGUAUUCAACCAGGACGUGUACAGGGUCAGCCUUCCAGAAAAUGCACCCCCGGGCACCCCUGUGCUGCGCGUGUCAGCUACAGACGAGGAUGAAGGCGUCAACUCAGAAAUCACGUAUUCCUUCCACAGAGCCGGGCAAGUGUUUCAUCUAAAUUCAAAUAGCGGGGAAAUCACAACUCUUAAAACAUUGGAUUUCGAAGAAAUCAAAGAAUAUUCUAUAGUGGUGGAAGGGAGAGAUGGCGGAGGACUAGUUGCACAAUGUACAGUUGAAAUUGACAUUCAAGAUGAAAAUGAUAACAACCCAGAAGUGACAGUUCAUUCUCUCCUCGAAAUGAUUCCGGAAAACGCAAUACCAGGAACAUUGAUUGCUUUAAUCAAAAUACAUGACCAAGAUUCAGGGGAAAAUGGGGAGGUAAAUUGUCGAUUAGAAGGUAUAAUCCCUUUUAAGAUUAUUUCUUCAUCCAAAAAUUCAUAUAAAUUGGUGACAGAUGGAGCCCUGGACCGAGAGCAGACACCAGAGUACAACGUCACCAUCACAGCCACUGACACAGGCAAGCCACCUCUUUCUUCCAGAACAAGCAUCACUCUGCACAUCGCUGAUGUUAAUGACAACACUCCAGUUUUCAGCCAAGCCUCCUACGUUGUCCACGUGACUGAGAACAAUCCUCCUGGCUCUUCCAUUGCACGAGUCAGCGCCUCUGAUCCUGACUUGGGAGCCAAUGGCUAUGUAUCCUAUUCCAUUGUGGCCAGCGACCUGGAACCGCAGGUGCUGACAUCCUACGUGUCUGUGAACACGCAGAGCGGGGUGGUGUACGCUCAGCGCGCCUUCGACCACGAGCAGCUACGCGCCUUCGAGCUGACGCUACAGGCGCGUGACCAGGGCUCGCCCAUGCUCAGCGUCAACGUGAGCCUGCGCGUGCUAGUGGGCGAUCGCAACGACAACGCUCCCAGGGUGCUGUACCCAGCGCUGGGACCCGAAGGCACAGCGCUCUUCGACACGGUGCCGCGCGCAGCACAGCCUGGCUACCUGAUCACCAAGGUGGUGGCAGUAGAUGCGGACUCGGGGCAUAACGCCUGGCUGUCCUACCACGUGCUUCAGGCAAGUGAGCCUGGGCUCUUCAGUCUGGGGUUUCGCACGGGCGAGGUGCGCACCGCUCGCGCCUUGGGCGACAGGGACUCCACCCGCCAGCGCCUGCUGGUCGCUGUGCGCGAUGGAGGACAGCCACCUCUCUCAGCCACUGCCACUCUGCUCCUGGUCUUUGCUGACAGCUUGCAGGAGGCGUUGCCAGACCUCAGCGAUCGACCCACACCCUCUGAUCCCCAGGCUGAGCUGCAGUUUUAUCUGGUCUUGGCUUUGACCUUGAUCUCGGUACUUUUCCUCCUCGCUGUGACUCUGGCCAUAGCCCUGCGCCUGCGACGCUCCUCUAGUCCCGCUUCCUGGAACUGCUUUCAGUCUAGUUUCUGCUCCAAGCCUGGACCCGUGGUUCCCUCCAACUACAGUGAGGGAACUUUGCCUUAUUCUUACAAUCUGUAUGUUACACAGACGGGAAAGACAGAAUUCAAUUUCUUGAAAUGUAGUGAGAAACUGAAUUCAGGACAAGAUAUAGUUUGUGGUGAUUCGUCAGGGGUCUUAUUUCCACUCUGUAGUUCAAGUGAGUCAACUUCUCAUCCUGAGUCUGUAGAGCCGAGCUACAACUACACAAAGCCCUUUAGCUCUCAGAAACCGGCUCCGGGACUUCAGUAA